UACAAACUGCCUUGCUGGACGUUGGUUUAUUUAAAUUGCGGAGUCCUGCAGCUUAUUUUGAGCUUGUGCAUUCAUAAUCUUUCAUCUUGACUUUUUUUGGGGGGGUUUUACUAUCACUACAUAUACCCGUUGUGCGACGCGGAGAACUACACAAGAUGGCGUCGCUAGAACCGAUACAGGAGAAAUACGACGAAGAGAACAUUCACUAUAACGAAGACUUUGACGAUGUCCCUCUUUAUGCCAAUACCGACUACGAUGAAUACGAUGAUGACUAUGAGCGAUGGAUGGGAGAGGACCACCCGCUGCGAUCAUAUCCGACCGAAUGUUGUCCGGGACUAUGGCGAUCGACGGAAGCCCUGAAGUUCGGACGGACGUUCCGACUGGUGUGUGUGGUGGUCAUCUUUCUAAUCAUCAUUAUCCAAUUCCUCGCCCUCCUACCUACAGUCUUCAAAUAUAUGCUGCCCAAAGAAGGCGCAGUAGACGACCGACUCCCCGUUCCGCAGUGGCCUUCUGAAUUCACCACCAACCGACCCAGUCACUGUCUCUCAUAUAACCCCCGCAGCCGCGAUGCUGCUCAGUACGCGAUCGCAGCCGGUUGCACGGGCGCCAAAGCGGAUCUCUGGCUCCAUGGUACCGAUCUCCUUGUGGGAAGCUCCUUUACAGACCUCGACACGAAGCACACACUGCGAAGCCUAUAUUUCGACCCUCUUCAGAAGGAACUAGAUGCAAAGCGCAAUGCACCCAAGGACUCUCAAGUCCAGUCCGGGCUGUUCGAAGACCCCGCCCAGAGUUUUGUUCUGGUGCUCGAGUUCAAGACGUGGCAGCACGCUGCGCUUUCUGAGCUAGACUCUCAUCUGUAUGGGCUACGACAAGGUGGUUACCUGACCCGGAUGAAUGGGUCUGAGGUGAUUCCAGGACCAGUGACCGUGGUUGUCACGGGUCAGGGAGAGCACCACGUUCGGUCCGGUCACGACGCGGAAUAUGACGAGAUCUUCUUUGACGCCUCGCUGGACGAACUCACCAUGAUGGACUACGACCCUUGGAAGCUCACUCACCGGGGUCCCCCCAAGCCCAACACUCCCCCCACCAACGUAUUAAAUCCCAAGAAGGGCCUCUCCGCCGAGGCUCCCUCCUCAACCAUCUACAGCGCCACAGCCACCUUCAGUGAAUCAGUUGGAUUCCCACGACGGGGCCGGUUCUCGCCGCAGCAGAUCGCCCUGAUCCGGGCUCAGGUGCAGGCGGCCCACCGACGCGGUCUUCGGGUGCGAUACGAAGGAGUCCCGCAAGGUCGGGGGCGGCUCAGCGACUAUAUUUGGCGGACUCUGGUUCAGGAGGGAGUGGAUAUGAUUGACGUGGAUUGGCAGGCGGCGUACCAUCGGGCCUGGUGGCAGCGGUGGUUCACGUAUCGUCCGACCAGCGACUAAAUGGUUUUUCCUGUGUUAUGUUUAUUGUAUUGUACAGAAUUACAGAGCGAAGUAU